AUGUUUGCCCUGAUGAUUGCACUGAUGUUUGCCCUGAUAUUUGUACUGAUGUUUGCCCUGCUGAUUACACUGAUGUUUGUACUGAUCUUUGCAGAGUUGAUUGCACUGAUAUUUGCGCUGAUGUUUGCCCCGAUGAUUGCACUGAUGUUUGCGCUCAUGUUUGCACUGAUGUUUGCUCUGAUGUUGGCACACAUGUUUGCACUGAUGUUUGCCUUUGGUUAUAUCUUUAAGUCAGGAGGUGUCUCAGUUACCUCUGGUUAAGAUCAGUGGUACCACUUACCCUGUGGGCACUCUGCUUUUCUCCACUCAUAAGCCUGACCACUAUGAUAUACAAAGUGAAAAAAACCUUAAAUCACUGCAAGUAAGUCAAUCAAUCAAUCAAUCAAAUCAACAUAUUAGGAGGUUAUGGAUCUGGUAGAAGUAUGUCAGUAACAAUAUGAAGCAGACACUAUCCUUAAUGAAACCAUAUGGGUUCUAUAUGGGUCCCAGAAAUCUGUAAAACAUAAAGUGACACAAUUGACCGGAUUCCUAUUGAUUGAUCCACUUUAUAUGGCCACUUAAGAGAUUUUUUUGUGAAAUUUGAUUAAUUUCUUCCCAGAAAGGCGUUAAUAUUGGUAUCAAAAUUAUCCUAAUUGCGCAUUUUACAGGCCAAACUUUGUAUUAUGUGCAAUUAUACAGACCAAACUUUCUGUGAAAUACAGUAAUUUGUUAUUCCAGGAGGAAUAUUGGGAAAAAUAAUGCUGAACUCUUGUAUUUUCCAAAUUUUUGGCAUUACAUUUCAGCAAGUGAAGCUGCUGAUCACCUGCAGACAAAAACUGGUGGACUCGGAAGACGACCCAGGAGAAAGUGUCUUCAUGACACGCUUAGAUGGGAGCAUCUUGGAAGUCACUCUGGGCAGGUUGUCAAUAGAAGAUGCCAAAAAGCUGCUCAAGCGAUAUGCGGGAGAUAUAGAGAACUACGAGGGUCGGGAAAUUGUCCAACUGUGUGGACAGUGUCCUUUAGUUAUAAAGGUCAUGGGAGAUUAUUUGAGUCGUUCUGACAUCCAGCCAAUGGAUGUGAUUCGACGCCUGAAGUCGACAGGAUCAAGCUUUGGGGAAGAACAAGUCACGGCAUGUUUAAAUGCAAGUUUCCAGGUUUUGUCACCGAUUUGCCAAAGCGCUCUUAUUCAGCUCAGUGUGUUUGAGACGUCUUUUGAUUGGAGCAUGGCAAAAGCUGUCAUGAAUAUGCGUGAAGAAAAAGCCGAAGAUAUUUUGAAACAGCUGAGAAAUCACCAUUUGUUAGAGUAUGGCUCAAAAUUUGAGGAAAAAAACUUCAGUCUGCAAGAAUCUCAGCUCUCGGAUGAGGAAGAUGAUGACGAGACAUUGAUGAAAAGAGAUUUAACUCCCAAAUCAACCAGGGUGAUGAGCUUUGAGCCCAAACGUCAAAAGUCAGUUGUGAUAUCCCCAGAAGAUUAUUUAUAUACCUUCCAUCCUAUUGUUCUGCGAUUUUUGCAGCAGAAGAGCAAUGAAGAGCCAGAUUUGUAUGAAAAGAUGAAAAAUGAUGCCGAAGAAAGAUUCUGCAAUUAUUUCUACAACUACAUCAAGACAACACUGGGAAGCCAGUUAGAUAGAAACAGCAUCUCAGCGUGUUUAUAUAUCCAUGAAAACUCAGUCCUUCUCAACAAAUUUUUUGAGCUUCUGAAAGAGAAACGAUAUGAUCUGCAGGCAGACACUUCUGAAGAUGUCAAGUGCCUGUUCCACUUAAGCAAAGUUCGGUCCUAUGUUGGCUCUCACUUCGGACAAGCCGAUUUCUAUCAUACUCUGGCAAAACAGAAAGAGGAUGCUCUGGAUGAUCUGUUUGUGUUUUAUUCCAGGAUUCAUGAGUUGAUAAGCGAGAAGAUACUUGAUAAUGUACGAGGAGUAAAGAAGCUUCAAAGCAACCUGAAAACUAUGCUUCCAAGAGUAAAAGAUGGGCAGCAGGGCCGCUCUGCAUUCAGGAACCUAGCUUUGGCCGACUAUCACAUGUUGAUGGGUCAAGAUGCUCUUGAUAAUGCAAAAUACGCAGAUGAUCGGGUUUCAUCAAAACCAAUACUUUGUGAGGCAUUGGAUCAUUUCAGGAAAGCCCAUUUGUUGUACCUUAAGGAAGAAUAUGUCUGGUCUGAAAGGGCACGGGUGACAGACUGUAUGGGUUGUGUGCACUCUCAGCUGGACGAGUUUGAAACCGCCAAGAGGUAUCACCAGGAAGCAUUACAGCAGAUGAACAGAAACCUUGACAAAGGUGGAAAACAUGGAGACAUUCCAAAUUACCUGGUCAACAUUGGCGCCGUUUAUCAUUCCAUAGCAACACAAAAACCACCAGAUACUUCUGAAGCCGAGAGACUGUUCCACAAGGCUUUGAAAUACUACAGAGAUGCCACGGACAUGGACAAGGAGCUAGGCUUCCCAGAUGAGCUUGUUCAGGCUCGCAGACUGAGAAAUAUGGCAGAUAUCUACAGACGGUUGAAGGAAUUCACCGAAGCUUACAGAGCCGCCUGUAAAUCAUUUCGUAUUUUCCAGGGUCAUUUUCAACCACCACACGUAGAAUUAACAACCACUUUGCAUCGUCUUGGAUAUAUACAGUACUGCAAGGGCAAGCACUUAAAACAACUGGCCAAUAAUGACCUCACUGAUGAAGCUGAAAAUGCUUUCAAGGAAGCCAAAAAGAAUUAUGACAAUGUUGCUUAUAUGAUAGAGAACGGUGGAUUGUCUAGGAAGCACCAAGACUACCAACACGUGCGUGAUACCCACAAAGGAGUGAUGAAGGCUUUAGGGAAUUUUGAUGGGCUAUGGCAAAUCACAAACUUUUACAGGAAUUUGGAAUCCGGAAAGUAUGACAAGGAGAUUAACAACAUGCAGCGUCAAGUCGCUGGUGAGAGCAGUGGAAGUGACAUGGACUCUGAGGAGGACGAGGUGGAGGAGGAGGAGGAGGAAGAGGUGGUGCUAGAGGAGGUGGGGGUGGGGCUAGCUGUCGGGGGAGGAGCCAUCAACAGACAGGACAGCAGUUUUGUUGGCAGUGAUGACCUAGACUUUGCACAGAACCAGCAUGAUUAUCCUGAAGUUUUGGAUGAAGAAGACAAUGGAGUUUUUCAUGCAGGUCAGUAUAUUCUCAGAGCUCUUGAGGACUGACUAAAUACUAUGUAUGUAACAAUGGUAAAAACAGUGAAGCAAUCUGAUCUAUAUUUCACCUUUGAAAGCCCAUAACUGUUGGAAGAUUCUACAACGUACGGAAUUCAUCACCUGCACUUUGCUGAUGAAGUAUGCGUUGCCAUUUUUUUAUUUUUUUAUGCUUAUGCAAGGCAUAGUGUUAAUCA